AAUACAAACAAUUAUAAAUUGCCCGGACCUCCGACGACAAAGCUGCGCCCAACUCGUAAAGGAGGAAGAAGACAUGGCUAGCGCUGGAGGCAAGGUUUCGUUCAAGGUCAUCCUCACUUCCGAUCCGAAACUGCCCUUCAAAGUUUUCAGCGUCCCGGAGGCCGCCCCAUUCACCGCCGUUCUCAAAUUCGCCGCCGAGGAAUUCAAAGUACCUCCCCAAACCAGCGCUAUCAUCACUAAUGAUGGAGUAGGAAUCAACCCUCAACAAAGUGCAGGAAAUGUUUUCCUCAAACAUGGAUCCGAAUUGCGCCUGAUUCCCCGUGAUAGGGUAGGAGGUUCUGCCUAGAUGGAUAAGGUGUCCUCUUGAGCUAGUCAAGAGACUAAGUCUGUAUCUUAUCUUCCAGACUCAUUUUACUUUUGGCAAGUAAUUUGUUGUCAAGUUCCUAUGUUACAGUGUUAUACUCAGACUAGAGCUGUACUGGGAAGUUAAGCUGAAUAAAUGUCCUAAACUUUGAACUGAAGUACA